GAUUUGAAGUUCCAUUGAUUCACAGAGGAACCCCACGCCCAUCUCACGUGCUUCAACAGGCGCCCCUUGGCCGCCGCAAUGGCUGCUGCUGCUGGCCAAUUUGAGAGAGACCCACCAAAAGAAAACCAAAACCCAUUUCCAGAAUUCCCAUUUCCUUCAUAAAAUCAAAAUCUAACGCUCUGUGUUUCAGUUUUCAGUUUUCAGUUUCAAAACCCACCAUGUAUCUCUCUCUUCCUCACUACGCCUCCCUCAAAUUCCCCGCCCUUCAUUCCCCCAAGAGGAAUUUUCGGGUGUUUGCUGUCGCUACCAGUGACGCCGCCACUUAUCUGCCCGAAGCUCCGAUCCUGAUUCCUGAUGGACCAUGGAAGCAGAUUGAUGGAGGAGUUAGUGCUGCAAAAGGAUUCAAAGCUGCAGGGCUUUAUGGUGGGUUACGCGCAAAGGGGGAGAAACCUGAUCUUGCACUUGUUACUUGUGAUGUUGAUGCCAUUUCUGCAGGAGCAUUUACAAGGAAUGUAGUUGCUGCUGCACCAGUGUUAUACUGUAAAAAAGCUUUGAAUGUUUCAGAAACGGCACGUGCGGUGUUAAUAAAUGCUGGUCAAGCCAAUGCUGCAACGGGGGAUGCCGGUUAUAAAGAUGUGGUAGAAUGUGUCAACAAUCUUGCUGAGAUUCUUCAAAUAAGGCCAGAGGAAGUCCUAGUUGAAUCCACUGGGGUCAUUGGUCAUAGAAUAAAAAAGGAAGCACUGUUGAAUUCUCUUCCAAAACUAGUCAGUUCCCUUUCACCUUCAAUUGAAGGUGCAGCUUCUGCAGCAGUGGCAAUAACAACGACCGACCUUGUCAGUAAAAGCGUGGCAAUCGAGUCCCGAGUUGGGGACUCGAUCAUAAGAAUUGGAGGAAUGGCAAAAGGCUCGGGAAUGAUUCACCCAAAUAUGGCUACUAUGCUCGGCGUUAUAACAACGGAUGCAGUGGUUGGUAGUGAUGUUUGGAGAAAGAUGGUGCAGAUUUCUGUGGACCGAAGCUUCAAUCAGAUUACUGUGGACGGGGAUACGAGUACGAACGACACGGUGAUUGCUUUGUCAAGCGGGUUGUCAUCUUCUAAUCCAAUUUUGUCGUUGAACACUCGUGAAGCUGGCCAGCUUCAACAAUGUCUUGAUGUGGUGAUGCAAGGCCUUGCCAAGUCAAUAGCUUGGGAUGGAGAAGGAGCAACCUGUCUUAUUGAGGUCACGGUGAGUGGCACGAGUUCAGAAGCUGAAGCAGCGAAAAUUGCUCGUUCGGUUGCAGGAUCGUCGCUUGUAAAGUCAGCUAUAUAUGGCCGUGAUCCAAACUGGGGACGUAUUGCAGCGGCUGCUGGCUACGCAGGGGUACUGUUCGAGCAGAAGAAACUCAAAGUGUCACUGGGAAACAUUCUCCUCAUGGAUGGUGGAGAACCUCAAUCUUUUGACAGGGCUGCGGCUAGUAACUAUCUCAGAAGAGCUGGAGAAACCCAUGGUACUGUCAGAAUUUACAUCUCCAUAGGCGAUGGAUCCGGAGAAGGGCGGGCAUGGGGCUGUGACUUGAGCUACGACUACGUCAAAAUAAAUGCAGAGUACACUACAUAGACUGCUUACACAGGAAUACGUUACUCAGUACUCAGAAAAUCCUUGUUAACCAAAGUAUCAAUUGAAAUCAUUCAGCUGAAUUCAAUUGAUUAUUUAUAAACUUCUCUUGUUUUGGGACAAGUUAGGGAUUUACAAUUUCAAGAUUUGAUUAAAUGGGUGUUUUGUACUCUCAAUAUGCACAAUAAGAUCAAGUUAGGGAUUUACAAUUUCAAGAUUUGAAUAAAAGCCAAAAACUAGCUUUAGAACA